AUGACCACAGCCAAAGCCUGUCAACCAAGCGCAACAGCGCAGGAAAUACCGUUAGGCCGAUCGGGAAAAAUCGUGCAUCUGGAAAACGCAGUGAGCAAUAUCUCUUAUCUACCUCCUCGUGAGUACAGUAACAAGUCUAGCUAUGUCCGCUACCCAAGGUUGCCAACAAAAGCAUCGCCGAUGCGAAAAACACGUACGUUCAUCGUCAGCACCACAACCAUCUGCUUUGCUCGACGACUCCGGAAGAAGGGCCCGUCUGAGGGAGCUCAUUCGCAGCAGCAGCAACAUCCGAUUUUGUCCCGCAAACACGAACCCUGCUUAUUCAGCACAGUAUCAUCAGGACGAAUCAGGACAACGCCCAGAAUUAUUAAGCGUGAAUACAAAUUGCAAAAGAAAAACAAAACACUGGAGCAAAACACGGUGCAGAAAUCCGCAACUGCAGGAAAAAUAUUCAUCGCGGAAUCUGUCAGGCAUCGGAGCAUUUUGGACUUGACAUCGGUCAACUUUUGUAUUGCCAAGAAUUGGCUAAAAAAGAAGCCUCAUUCCGCUGUUGGCAACAUUGCGCUUCCGGAAGACGGCGCAGAAAAGUUGAGAAGUGAAAGUGCGCCAUUGGUGAGAAACACCGCCCCCCGGAAAAAAAUCAUCUUUUCUCGGCCAGAGCCACAGUGGCAUCUCGCCGACAGCCAUCCAAGAAACCGGGAGAUCCCAGAAUCGGGUAGGGCUAAGGACGACCGGGAACGCACAGCGGCUCAAAACGAGGAAAAAAGUCGCCAAGCCACCAAUCCAGCGCCACACAAUCCGGUCGCUCUCAGCCCGGAAAGCGUACGAAGCGCAAGGAACCGUGCCGGUACAUACGGAACAAAGAGCCGACAGUUUCGACCGGCGUGUUUGCCUAUCAGCCCCGUCCAAAUCCGAGGCCCAGAAACAGGCGAAGGAAGAAGAGCCAUUAAAAGGGGUCAGGUGUAUACUGACCCCUUUUUUGUAACAGGGCAGAAGGUCCUUGCUGCGAUCCAUCCCGUGAAGAAACUUCAUUCCGGUGGCAACGAGAAAAUCGAACUAGAAAGCAGCGAAACUCUACGUUUACGUUUGCUGGGGCUUUUUUCCCUUUUGUUCGCCAUUUCCAUAGCUCAGCAAUUAACGAGCGCAUCCGAACAUUAAGCCGGGUACCACUUCCGGGUCAGCAGGCACGUGGUUUGAGUGGACCUUGGCAGAAGGUCCUUGUAAACAUCCAUCCGAGUGAGGCCAAACACACAAGCGCAAUUUAUUCCGGAAGCAUCCAGGGCCGUCGAUCAGGAUUGCGUAUUACAUUUUCCGUUUACGUCGCUCAGCAGUGGGCGAGCGGUUCCGAACAUCUCUUCCGGUUCUGGCCAUUCAAGCAGGAACAGUUUGUUCCGGGAACAUCCGGAAAAUCCAGCCGGCAAGGAGCGAAUUCCUACAGUCACGUGGUUUGCAGCUAGGUGUCGUCGAGUGGCAUUGCACUAUUGUUUAUCGCCCGGAGCAGAAGCGUUUCUUGGCGGGCAUCAUAUCUUUCAUCGAAUCGCAGCUAAUUUACUGCUGGAGUUGCGAUCAAUUUUGCAUGCGAUUCGCAUUCAGGAACCAUCUUCGCUUGGAGAACCGGAUAGGCGCGACACUACCGUUUGUGAGUCUUUUCGGUAGUCGAACCGGAAACCCAAUCACCAGAAGCAGGAUUUUGAAUCCACUCGUGGAUUUAUCCAAGCAGUGGGAGGUGAGCUUCUCUUUCCACCGCCGUUCGAAGAUUGGUCAGCAGAUGACAAGCGUGAGGAGGUGUUUCCGGAAAUUCUGUGGCGCGAGUCAAGCGUCAGCCGGAAGAUACCGCGAUCCGCGGUGUGAGUGCAGCGUGUGGAAGAAAAGUGUACUGGUUUGCCUCGACGGACGGUCGUAUAGCAAAUCGCAGCGUCAGAGUGGUGCUGAUCAGCGGAAUAUCCGGUCCGCGCCCCUAAGGUUGGACAUCGGGUCGGACAAGGAAGGACAGGGAUCCCCUGGGUCCGCAGGAAUCAGUUUCGUCGUCGUCGAGCGCCACAGCCAAGACCAUCUGAGCAUGCAUCGGGUCGGAAGCGAACGUCGCUCGAGGAACCCCGAACAUGGGCUCAACAGCAUGCAGCAAUAAUUGAUGUAAGUCGCUUUUUCAUUAUCUUUAUGGGAAGGGAGAAAAUGGGUAAUUUUUUGAAAGUUCGCAACCCUGAAUAAAGUUGCACAAUAUAAUGUCUGUUUGCUAAGUUUAGUAUUUCAUUUAUUUGUGGCACCGACCACGAGAAGCCCACAUUACAUGCUUAUACUGAGGACUGCUGUUUGUGCGACAUGUCAAACUAUAGUGUUAAACCUGAUAUUUUGUAUACGCGAACCGUUUUUGGCUUAACUUUGUCCGAUUAACUGUAACGGACAAAAUAUAUGUCCGCUAUGUGUGAAAAUUAAGGUCCCGCAAAGUUUUAGGUCGAUGUAUUUCGUUAAAUAUAACGAUCUGUGUGCUUCUGGGGUUUAACAAUCAGUUGGGAUUUGAACUUUGUGUCAAUAGUCUUUACCAUUAAAAGUUACAUUUCCUAUAAUGCAAUAAUGACAUAUUUUGGUAUAUGAUUCUUAUACACAGGUCUUUAAACUUUCUUCAAUUCUUUGCAUGUUGUUUUGCAUUGUUACGGUUCCAAACUCUAUUCUGGAAUUUUUUUCUUAUUUGCAAGCGUAAUAAUUGAUGGAUGAUUGAAUCGAUUGAAUCAUCAAAGUAGAUUAUUAUUGAUUGACUCGAAGUAUAAUCAAAAUAUCUUGGAAAAUCUCUGAUUUUCUGAAAAUCUGUAUGAAAUCUGUAUAAAUUUCCAUUUAUCUGUAAUCUGUAUAUACAGAUUCUGUAUUACAAAAUGUCCAAAAAAUCUGUAUAUUUACAGAAAAAUCUGUAUAUGUGGUAACGCUGCCUGUCGCUGCUAACUGGCGCUCAAUUUUCAUUCUGCAUCCUCGUGCGCUCCCAUGAGCUUUACAUAAGGUGCGGAGAUAUUUUGAUGCUUUCACAAAUAUAUCAGUAUCUUCAGACUGGUGUGCGUGCAAUGCGGUCUGAUUCGCAUCAAUGACGUCAUAAGAGUUGUUUGGGUUGCAAUUACGGAAGAGUUUUUGAUUUAGAUAACUUUUGUUUAAUGAAAAAAUGACCAAAUGCUGCAUAAAAUCCUGCAAAAUUUCGCAGGUCGACGCUAAGAAGCAAAAUAGAGCAGUGAGUUUUCAUCAGCUACCGAAGGAACCCGCGGUAUGCAAAAAAUGGCUCGCGUUCUGUGGCCGUGAGGAUGGAUCCGGCAUAUACGUGUGCUCCCAGCAUUUCGAAUUGACGGAGUUUGUCUGGUCUGGUAAUCUGCUUUGCCAUCCGUUCGUUGCCCUCCAACUGAGUCUGCUCGAUCCAUCAGAGCAAAACUGAGGAACCGGAAGCAAGUGGUCGAAGAAUUUCUACAGAGAAAUGCAAACUUGGGGAUCAGUUGAAGUCAUCGCCCUCGAUUACAGGAUUUUCUAAGAUGGUUAUUCCACAAUAGAUCACAAAAAGUUGGUCGCAGUGGAUCUUCUCAUACAAAGAAAAGAUGGUUAUUCCACGACGACGGAACAAUCCACCGUAAAAAAAACGCGUUCUGUAACGACCGAAUCACGCUGAAAAAAGCCAUUUAAUACUCAUUUUGAGAUGGGAAAUUCACUCAACAAGGAUAUAUGUUUCACCUUUUAUACGAGCGUUCACUAUUUUCAGUAUUAUAGUACUUUAAUCAUGUUAAUUUGACCAACUUUUCUAGUAAACUGUAUUACGCACUGCAGCCCCGAUGAUGUUAUGACGUCAUCACCGUAAUACACACAAUGUUUACGUUUUUUCGAUCACCUAUACCACGGCAAACCGAGUUCAUCCACACCUCUACAUCUAGCUCAUGGCGUGCGCUCUUCUAUAUCCAGUCGAUUAUGCAGACUAUCGCAGCACUUUCCAACGAGGGGUCUCCCGAUGACACAUAGGUAGUUCUAAAAACAGUAAAGGCUGCCUCGCAAUACCGCGUCGGACGUCGCGUCGCGUCAGCUGUCAACGCUGUCGUUGAGUACUAAAACGCUGACGCGAUGCACUGGAAUUUAUUUGCAGCACAAUACAGCGUCCACUGACUAGGCUUUCCAGAAUUUUUGAGACAAAACUCGGGGUGCCUUACAUUACAAAACACAGAAAAAGGACGAUAAUUUUAUUUUUGAGUAUAUUUGUGUCAAACUUUGACAAUAAAAGCAUAAAAAAGGAAUAUUCAAACCCUGCUGACGCGCUGGAUUUUUGAUUUAUUUCAAAACAAAAACGUCGACGCUGGAGAACGCUGCUGUUUAGAACAAGUUUAGCGUUUUAGUACAAUGCUGUCACUGACGCGACGCACCAUUGUGGUGGCUCAAACGGAAAACGGUAUCCCCAAAAUGAAAUGUCAACGCGACGCGACGUCCGACGGGCUAUUGUGUGGGCGCCUUAACAAUGGCUGAUAUGGAUAAAGCUUUAACUUUCGAGCAGUUUUGUCAGUCAAAUACUUCGAAUGGCAUACAUAUCUUUUAUCCGGAGAAUGUUCUAUUCUGCUUUUUCAUAUCUAGCUGAGCAAAUGCUUUCAAAUUUUGCCAUUACGAAGCAAUUGCCAUUUUCUUAUUCAUACCAACUAAUAUCUUUGAAAAACAAUUGUUUAAUCCAGGAUUAAUCCUUAUUUGAAUUGUCAACCUUUUAUGAAUGAAUUAAAACCGCGCAGAAAAAAGUGGUGAUUUGUUCAAAGUUAUCUCAACUUAAUACUUAUUAAAAAAAAAUAGAUUUCUACAAAAAAAACUAGACAUUUUAAGUAGGUUUACAAAGUAAUGGUUUCACUUAAUUCUUACACACAUUGGAGUUACCCGGACUACUAAAUAAAAGUGAAGAAAACCUCGAAUCUCAUUCCACAUAUUGUUCCAAAUCAAUUUAGUUUUUUUUUGUCAUAAAAAAGCAGGAGAAUUUUCUUUCCUUCAAAUUCAAAACAACUUGCUUAUUUGAAGAAUCUUGUUUGUUAUACGAAUUUUAUCAGAUAGGUACACAUAUUUGUUGUUAAAUUAAGAUGCUAUCAUUUCGUAUAUUGCGAUUAGACAGACAUAUUUCUGCUCAUUUAAACUCUUGAAUGUUAAAUAGGGCAUCAGAGUGGUUAUUGCGCAACGCGCUUUGAUUUAGGUUUUAUUUGGAUUGUGCACCAUAAAGAGAAACAGCAAACGAUGAACAAUGUAUUUUUGUUUAAUUUGAAAAGCUGAUAUUCGUGUAACGUAAGCAUAAAUGUGGGUAUACCUUUCGUUAUCUGUACCCUAAAAUGCCAACUUGUGACUUUAUGACACAUAUUUUUUUUCUAUUCAUGAGGACAAUUCAAACUGAAAGUGUGCUUUUCACUUGAUAUUAAAUAUUUGCUACCCGAAACACGACUUUAUUCUAUUGAUACACGAUGUCCCAUAUUCGCUGUUUUCUGUGCACAAACUACUGAAAUUAUCGAUAUUAAGUAUAUACUUAUCAUGUAGCUGCAUACGAUUUCCGAUUUAUUGCGCCUUCAUUAUUGGCAUUAGAACAAACACCACCAGAACAAAAUGAUUAUCUAGUACAUAACACACAUAUCGGAAAUAAUCAUAAUCAUCACAAAUCCCAUUAGGCAAUUCCGUCACGAGUAUAGGUAAAGACAAUCGUGCGAAUGAGACCAUCACGAACCGACUCCGAUUGAGAGCCGACACAAAAUCUGAAACAUACAUUAUCGCAGUUCACUUUUGCCACCGACUGACUAACCGGAUACCAUCCCACUUUAUUGAAAACGACGCCAAUCUUGUACAUCUUGUGUCUUUGGACAAAGACCGGUCGAUCGAAAGAAAUUUCCAGCAUUGAAUUGUACUGCACUCGCUGAUUGCAGUGUGUAUAGGUUAAACGAGAACCAUGGGCAUCCAAGAGAUGAGCAUACAGCAGCUCGGAGUAUCGAUCGUUGCCGACAAUAGAUGACCCUUGAACCUGGGUCGGUACCUCGAUACCAAUGAUGCACACAGAUCUA